UAUUUCUCACGUCCCAGCCGCUCCAUCCACAGUUGUGAGCCAUACAGAGAGUGUUGACAAGUCGUCGGUGCCACUUUGCCACUUGGACGCUUAACAGUAUCUUGCAUUGCUGUAUAACCAACAAGUAUUCUGCGCCGGACGAGUUUAAAGGCGAUUGCGGUUCGGAAUCAACAUCGACUGAGAGGUCAUCUGAACCUCUGAGUGCUGGAGCCAACAACGUUGGUGGUUGGAGUCAUUGUGAUGGCGGCAGCGGUGACGGAAGCCUCUCUCAAGCCCCGCCAGCUACAGGUGACCAGACUGCGUAGGGAGGAGGAAGAGGAGAGUUGGAUCAGUGGAGAGGAGCUGUACACAGAGGGCAGCAGCGACGACGAGGCAGCACCCGGCCACAGUCGCAGCCCCGCCCACCACCCACACCCCCUCCACAAAGAACAACUCACCGCAGACCAAUCCAAGAAUUCUUCCACCCAUGACUCUCCACCCACUACCCCACCCUCAGCAGCUUCCGAGCCAGCACAACAGAACGACCCUCACCUGACGGAGACCACACGGAGACUCUCCCUGAUGGGCUUGGAGAAUGUGGAAAAUGUGGAAAGCCCGACAGCCUCCACCACCGACACUGAGGAGGUGGAGGAACAGGAAGAGGUGAUGCUGUGGCGACCCAAGCGAGGCUCGAUCAAGCUGCCUCAUGUCGAGUUAGACCCCCCGUCCUCCUCCCUUCUAGAGCAGGUGUCUGGCUGAGGAUCCCUCCCCAUCCACUAUGCAUGCUUUUUUUUAGGAAGGAGUCACUUUAUUCUUCUCAUGAAUGUCCCUUCUUCUCCUUGUCCUUUCCAUACAAAAAAACAAAAAACAUUUUUACUGACAGGAUUUAGUUUCUCAGCAUGGAUGAUGCAAAAGUCCUUAGUCCAAAUGCAUUUAUUCUGGCUUUUGAAAAAUCUUGUGAGUUAUGUGAAUUUAAGUACUUACUUAGAGUGGAUGCAGUUACAGCCAGCUUGGAUUACAUUCCAUGGAAAACUCUCCCUGAUCCAUGAAUCAGUGCCUGAUUACAUUGCAAUUGGCUGCAUAAAACUGAUCAGAAACCUUUAAAAAAGUACCUGGUAUGAAUUCAUUAAAAGCAAGGUCUUCCAGGUAUCAAGUGUACUGUAGGGGUGUUUUUUUUUUUUGUUUUUUUUAAAUCCUCAAUCGUAUGAUGAAAAUCAUCAGCUUACAUCCAGGCAUUUCUUUAUGUCUCUUCAAUAUUAUUUUCUAAUUCAAUUUCUCUAAAUGUUUACUUCUUUCAGUUUCUAAGUGUACUACUUUAGUUUACUUUUAAGGUUUUCUUACUUAUCUCUUUUAUUCUUUAUAUAUAUAUAUAUAUAUAUAUAUAUAUAUAUAUAUAUAUAUAUAUAUAUAUAUAUAUAUAUAUAUAUAUAUAUAUAUAUAUAUAUAUAUAUAUGUGUGUGUGUGUGUGUGUGUGUGUAUAUGUACUGUAUAUAUGAUCUUUGGGCUUAUCAGGAAAACCCCAAUUUACUUUUACAAUCUUCAAUACUCUGGCAGCGGUGGGAUCAAGUAAAGUAAAUAAAAUGAAAUAAAAAAAUAAAAUAACCGCCUCUACACAAGUACAUUCCAAGAUUUGUCUACCGAGCAAUCACAUCAAGAGAUCCUACUGGAAAAUUAGACAUCCUAGAACAACUCGUGGAACAAGAACUACCCACAGACCAGGAACCACCACCUGUGAACCAAGAAUUGGCCACUGACCAAAAACAAACCAUGGACCAAGACACCAUCCACACACCAAAGAUCACCUUCUGUUCAAGUACUAUACCAUAUACAGAACUGAGUGACUCAUAGUGAUAGUGUAGCUUUGAGAAAUGUACACCAACCUUUUUGUUAAUUUAGAGAGAUCAUAUGUGUAUUAUGCUGAAAUUUGUAUUUAGUGAAAAUGUACUUGAAUGAAUGAAGGUUAAUUUACAGAGUCCUGGAAUUAGAGAUUAUUAUUUUCUAGUGUUUAAUCUUUUCAUGUGGACUGAGAUUAUUUCUUUGUUUUUUUUCAUAUUUGUAUUACAUUAUAUCAACCAAAAUCAAUACUACAGUAUAGCACUCAUGUCCACAUCUUUGUACCACCUGUACAGUAUCAACUUAUCUCACGAUUAUAGCACUCAUGUCUAUAACAGAUUUUCUCCUGCUGUUCUUGAUAUUCCCAUGCCAACGAUGGAUUUAUCAACCACGGUUUUGAGCACUGUAUUCACUUUUUAUAUUUUGUAUACCAUUUUACCAACCACAGUACAGUAUCCAGUUUAAAGAUCCAUAGUUUCCAGGAGGUCUCAAACCCAGUACAGUACAGCAGGAAUAUUUGCUGGAUCUAGUCGAUUAAAUGGUUCUUCUUGCUUACUUCAUGUGAAUAUUCCUCAACUGACAAUAUCAUCUUCCACACCCAGGUCCUCUCCCUUGUCAGCUAUUUAAAUCAAUUUGGUUAUUUUCAUCCUUCAUAUAUGCUACUGUACAGUACAGUAUAUGCCUUUCUACUCUGCUGCCAAUAGUCAUCACUUUACACUCUGGGUUGGGGACUGGGGCGGCAGCCACAUCUCUCGUGAUCCAGGCAUAGCCAUCCUGCUCACCAAGUCAUUAUUGCUCAAAAUUGUUAAUACCUUUAUUGACUGAGUGCAUUCUAAAUUAUAUGGAAUCACCAAUUUUUACCAAAUUGAAGGAAGUUUAUUAUUUUAAAUUCAUAAUUUUUGUGAAAUUAAUUUUUAUAUGAAAAAAAGAAAUUAUGUUUCUGUCAUUUUUAGAACAUAUUUAUCGAUAGUAGUACAGGAUGAUGAAAAAGUCCCUGUGCACCUGCAAUAAUUAAGAUUCUAGUUGUUUACCUUGUUCUAUUUGCAGUAAAUAUUGGUAAAGAUCACAGGAAGUGAUGGAAGUGGUCUCCAUGGCUUGCGCACACAUGUAUCCACCGAUCUAAUUUUGUUCCAUUAAACACGUCUCAAUUCAGGUUAAGAACUAUUUUGGAUAACUUUGCAUUUUUGUAGAGUUUGGGAAUUCUUUUUGUACAUGUCUCUCUUAGUCGGCAGCUAAGGGGUUCCCUCACUCCUUCCAAUACGCUAAAAUAAUCUCAAGUAUUUUUUCAUUGCAAAAGUAUGUACAGUAAAUGUAUCCAAAUAUAAAAUAACUACACAUAAACCUUAAAUAUUUGUGUAGAAUCUGUGCCAUUAGACCAAACGAGCAGGUGUGAUGAAUGGUCUAGGGUGCGAGUACACGUGGGGGUGACUCACUGACAUUAUCAAAGCUCUUUCUGUUUUUUCCCUUUCCACUUCAAAUUCUUCCUCUACCUCUGAAUAUUCUUCACUAACAUUAUCAUCACUAUCAUAUAACAUAGGCAUCCUCUUUUUUGGGGUAAUAUUACAGGACUGUGUAGGGUUGCCCCCAAUCCUCUUUCUACACAAGAUGUUGAAGAAUGGCCAUCUGCCAUAGUCAUUAAGGCUACGUUAACACUGGAGUUUAGGACACCUAUUGGCUAUGUAUAAACCUAUGACUUAAAUGGAGCGCAGGAAACAAACUUUUAUCGAUGAUGGCAGCCAUUUAAGGGUCGAUGCUACCUGCAUUAUUUCAUACGUUUAUCAUAGUGUGUUUCUUUUAGCUCGUGCACUAAUGCUAAUUUGUAGGAAUGAAAAUGCAAUUCUGUCUUGACCUUACGUACACCUCCAUAUGACAUUCCUGCUUGUUGUACCACUUUUGUGGAACUUUGCAGUUAACUGUCUUACAGUGUUGCUAUGUUGUAUCUGAAUGUCAUGAAUUUCUUCUGCAAACCUAUGUUGCACAUCUGUGCAUUAUCCUACACAUCAAAAUACAAAUUCCAGUAAAAAUGUCCUUGCUUUGAAACCGAGUCGUUUUCAUCUAUGAAUUCGUCAAUCUUGUGGGAAAAAAUACAUUAUUUUUGGCAGGUAUUUAUUAGAAGUAGAACAAGGUAGCACAUAACAAUGCACUCUGUUAUAAUGAGGAACAUCAAUACAGUAUUGUUACCGUAAUUAUAUGCACAGAGACUUGAGCUACAGUGACUUGGUGAGUGAGAAGGUGGUUACUCUUGGAUCUCGAGGGAUGUGGCUACUACUCCAGCCCCCCAACAUUGAAAGUGGGGUGCGGAGAACACGCACUGCACCCGCCUGAAUACUUAUGCUCCAAAACUUAAAAAAACUUCACUAAAAUUCAUUUUAUUAAUUUAUUGGUGUAUGGUUUGUUUUAAAAUGCAUGCCAACCUUCCAAACAUAAUUGCAAAAAAAAAAAAAAUUAUAAAUUCUAUUUAGUACAGUAAACUGUACAGU